AUGAACAUCUUGCCGGAAUGCAUCCUCCCUAUCCUACUCACAACAUUCCUUGUCGCCAAUAGUAUAAACGCAUCUCCCAUCAAUAAUGCCCUUGACCUCCUAUCCCUCGCCGCCACCACCACCCCUCCUUCCAACCUCACCCUCCCCAUCCCCAUCCUCGGCGACCCCUACUCCUGCUUCGACGCCUACCUCUUCAACGACCGCCGCGCCAAAGUCAGCGACUGCACCCGCGCCGCCGCCUUCCUGCCCAACCGCCACGAACCCGGGACGUUCCACCGCGGCGACUCGGACGCCGAUCCAUUCGCCCUACCUUACGUGGAGACCUACCACUCCUGCUCCGUCAAGGUCGAUCUCAAGUUCGGAAGGCCCGACGAAGGGUCGUGGCUCAGUGUCAAUAUCGCGGUGAAGAAGAUUAUAGAGGCUUGUAUGGUGGGGCAGUAUCCGAUCGGGCAGACGGGUGGCGUCACGACGGCGGGGACUGAGGGCAGGAUUGCCGUUACGGUGGGGAAGACGCAAGCUGUGUUGGGAUUGGGGACGAAUGAGACGGGUCUUCGUGGUUCGGAUUGA